AUGGAACCGUAUUUGUUCAAUGUAUACCUCACAUUCCACCAUCAUUUCCAUCUGAAGUUCCCAUUUUAUUUUCUUCAUAUUGCUUUCCCAUGUUCCCCUCCCUCCUUUCCUUUCUUUUUUCCCUUUUUCUAAAGCUUCUCUUCUGCUUUGCACUCACAACAGUUUCUCAUCAUAUUCACCACUCCCACUCUCUCUUCUAAACAUUGCACCCUCUCCCUCCCUCUUUCUCUCUCUCAAUUGUGUGUUUCUUCAAUGGAGGGGAAACCAUUUCAGCUUUCCUAUCAUCUGCCUCUCAUACUUAUCUUUACAGUGUAUAUCUCAGUUUCAGCAGCGGAACAAACGGUUGUUCCAUCCAUCAAAACCGAUGCAGUAGCUUUACUUGGGUUCAAAAAGAUGAUCGACAACGACCCGACUGGAGUUCUAUCAGGGUGGAAGCUUGAAACCAGUCCAUGCCUUUGGUAUGGAGUUAAAUGCUCAUCGGGUAGAGUGGUUCAGCUUGACCUUAACCAGUGUAGCCUCUAUGGCACCAUCUUUUUCAACCCUUUGGCUUCUCUUGAUAUGUUAUAUUCUUUGGAUUUGUCUGGGAAUAUGUUCACUGUAAAUUCAACGACUUUGCUGCUCCUCCCAUAUGGAUUGAAGCGUCUCCAGUUGUCUGACACUGGUCUUUUUGGUCUAUUCCCUGAUACCAUUUUCUCCAAGCUUCCAAAUCUUGAAUACGUGAAUUUAUCCCAUAAUAAUCUCACAGGGACUUUACCUGAUAAUCUUUUUUCAUCAAAUCCUGAUAAGUUGCAGGUUCUUGAUCUCUCUGCUAACAACAUCACAGGUUCUAUUUCAGGGUUGAAAUUAGAGAAUUCUUGCAAUUCCUUGCUCGUCCUUGAUUUGUCUUCAAACCGUUUUGUUGAUUCCAUUCCUGUUUAUCUUUCGAAUUGCACCAAGCUCACUGCAUUGAAUCUUUCACUCAAUUCUCUCACUGGGGAGAUCCCAAGCUCUUUAGGGGAGCUUAAAACCUUACAAAGGCUUGACCUUUCUUUUAACCAUCUCACUGGUUGGAUUCCUUCCGAGUUGGGGAAUGCAUGUGACUCACUUUUGGCACUCAGGCUUUCUUUCAACAACUUUUCAGGCCCAGUUCCCAGUUCAUUAUCUUCAUGUUCAUAUCUUCAGAUUCUUGAUUUAUCUAAUAACAACAUAACGGGCCCCUUUCCAGAUUCUAUCCUUGAGAAUCUUGGUGCAUUAGAGGCUUUGUUGUUGAGUAAUAACAUCAUCAUUGCGCCAUUUCCUUCUUCGAUUUCAUAUUGUAAGAGCUUGAGAAUUGUGGAUUUGAGUUCCAAUAAAUUCUUUGGGACCAUUCCACCUGAUAUAUGCCCAGGAGCUGCCGCACUUGAAGAGCUGAAGAUCCCAGACAAUCUCGUUGCUGGACAAAUUCCGACUCAAUUGUCACAAUGUCCCCGGCUGAGGACAGUUGAUUUUAGUUUGAACUAUCUCAAUGGAUCGAUCCCAACGGAGCUUGGGGCGCUUGAGAAUCUAGAGCAGCUGAUAGCAUGGUUCAAUGACUUGGAGGGGCAAAUCCCAAAAGAAUUGGGAAAAUGCAGCAAAUUAAAAGAUCUGAUCCUUAAUAACAACCGACUUAGUGGUGAGAUACCUAUGGAGUUAUUCAACUGCAGCAAUCUGGAAUGGAUAUCUCUCACAAGCAAUGAACUCACGGGUUCAAUCCCACGAGAAUUCGGCCUUUUAUCAAGGUUAGCUGUUCUUCAGCUAGCAAACAAUAGCUUGAGCGGCGAGAUACCAGGAGAGCUAGGGAAUUGCACUAGCUUGGUUUGGUUAGAUUUGAACAGCAACAAGCUGACCGGAGAAAUCCCACCCAGACUUGGCCGGCAGCUUGGGGCAAAGUCCUUGAGUGGAAUUCUGUCGGGUAACACUCUGGUUUUCGUGAGGAACGUGGGGAAUUCGUGUAAAGGAGUUGGAGGACUGUUGGAGUUUGCUGGGAUCAGGCCUGAAAGAUUGUUGCAGAUAUCCAACUUGAAAAGCUGUGAUUUUACAAGGAUGUAUUCUGGGCCGGUGUUGAGUCUUUUCACACAAUACCAGACGCUGGAGUAUUUGGAUCUCUCUUACAAUCAGCUUCGUGGGAAAAUCCCAAUCGAAAUAGGUGAAAUGGUGGCUUUGCAAGUUCUUGAACUAGCACAUAAUCAGCUGUCUGGAGAGAUUCCCUCGUCCCUUGGCCAGCUGAGGAACUUAGGUGUGUUUGAUGCAUCACAUAACAGGUUGCAGGGCCAAAUCCCAGAGUCAUUCUCGAACCUAUCGUUCCUGGUGCAGAUUGACUUGUCUUACAAUGAAUUAACAGGGCCAAUUCCACAAAGGGGUCAGUUGAGUACACUUCCAGCAACCCAGUAUGCCAAUAAUCCAGGACUUUGUGGAGUUCCAUUGCCUGAAUGCCGUAAUGGAAACAAUCAAGCUGCUACAAAUUCAGAUUUAGAUGGUGGCAAAAGACGUAGGAAGCCUGCUGCUGUUUCAUGGGCUAAUAGCAUUGUCCUUGGGAUCCUUAUAUCCAUUGCAUCUAUCUGUAUUUUGAUUGUAUGGGCCAUCGCGAUGCGUGCGAGGCGGAGGGAAGCCGAGGAAGUCAAGAUGCUUAACAGGUUGCAAGCAGUUCAUGCAGCUACAACAUGGAAGAUUGAGAAAGAGAAAGAACCGCUGAGCAUCAAUGUGGCAACGUUCCAGAGACAGCUGAGGAAGCUAAAGUUUUCCACACUCAUUGAGGCUACCAAUGGUUUCUCAGCAGCAAGCCUCAUAGGUUGUGGUGGGUUUGGAGAAGUUUUCAAAGCCACUUUGAAGGACGGCUCGAGUGUCGCCAUCAAGAAGCUUAUUCGAUUGAGCUGCCAAGGUGAUCGAGAAUUCAUGGCUGAAAUGGAAACUUUAGGAAAGAUUAAACAUAGGAAUCUAGUGCCAUUGUUGGGAUACUGCAUGAUUGGAGAGGAAAGACUGCUUGUUUAUGAGUUCAUGGAGUAUGGCAGUCUUGAAGAAAUGCUCCAUGGAAGAGCAAAAGCGAGAGAUCGACGGAUUCUAACUUGGGAAGAAAGGAAAAAAAUUGCCAGAGGUGCAGCUAAAGGACUCUGUUUCCUCCACCACAAUUGCAUCCCUCAUAUCAUACAUAGAGAUAUGAAGUCAAGCAAUGUGCUAUUAGACCAUGAAAUGGAAGCCAGGGUCUCAGAUUUUGGGAUGGCAAGGCUCAUAAGUGCCCUUGACACUCAUUUAAGUGUGAGCACACUUGCAGGCACACCUGGUUAUGUCCCACCAGAAUACUACCAAAGUUUCCGAUGUACGGUAAGGGGUGACGUCUAUUCAUUUGGAGUUGUCCUGCUGGAACUCUUGACAGGGAAGCGUCCGACCGAUAAAGAGGAUUUCGGGGACACCAACUUGGUUGGGUGGGUAAAAAUGAAGAUAAGAGAACAAAAACACAUGGAAGUGAUAGACCCAGAAAUAUUGUUGGUGACUAAAGGAACUGAUGAAGCAGAAGCAGAAGAAGUUAAGGAGAUGAUGAGGUACUUGGAGAUAACAUUGCAAUGUGUGGAUGAUUUCCCUUCCAAAAGGCCUAGCAUGUUGCAGGUGGUGGCAAUGCUAAGGGAGCUGAUGCCUGGAUCAGCUAAUGGAAGCAGUAAUAGUGCUUGAAUAAUAAGGUAAUGUUUAUUUGAUCAUAAUGGUUUAUAUAAGAAUUAAGAAGAUAAAAAGUUUGUAAUAUUUGUUGCUCUUUUUAAGAAUUUUGAUGUAUCUAAUUUUGCAACUCUUCGCUUAUUUUUUGCUUAUGCAAAUUAUAAGAGCUUAUAAUUAUAGUAUAGAUGGAAAACCACUCUCGAUACGGUUUAAAUUGCAGAAAA